AUGGCGGGCAGCAGGCGUCCAUCGUUCAGCGACACGGUCGAGAUCGUCCAGUUCGUCGCGGACGGUGCGAAGGGCGAGGUCCAGUACGUGGAGAUCUCGGGGGCGAGGCGAGAGCCGUCGCCGAUCCCCGCGAAGAUGGUUCCGUGCAGCCGCGCUUCCGGGCGCCCGGUGCGGGCGUCCUCCUCUCGCACGGCAGCGUGGGGCGGCUCGUGGAGUGCGUCCUCCAGUCCAGAUUCUGGCUCCUCGAGCGGCACCCUCGCCACCACGUCCGACGACAGCGACGCGGAGGAGGAAGUCUUCGAAGAGAGCGUGUUGGCGAAGACGGCCCAGAGGCGGCGCAUUCGGCGCAGCGUGACUGCCAACCUCGGAUCAGGCCUUUCCCUACACACCUUGCCAUCGAUGGCCAUGUCGAGGCUCCUCUCACGGCGCCAAGGGUUCCUCAAAGCAGAGAGUCUUGCCUAG